AUGGAUAAAUUCGAUAGGCAUAGAGGCGGGGAUAGAUACGGCAACGGCGGUGAAGAAACUCGCCAUUAUAAUUUUAGCAGCAGUCAGUCUAGGGACGGCGGAUCUCCGUUCCGCCGCCAUCGGCAGGAUGACUUUCGAGAUGGCGGAGGAGGACGUAACAGUCCUCACAAUAAUCGAGGGUUCUCAGACGGCGGCGGUGGGAGGGAAAAUCAGAGGGCCUUUGAUAGUCCUCCGCAGACCUGCCUUCCGCCACUUGGUGUCGACGGAGGCGUCGGAGGAGGGGGUUUGAGGCUGAUUGGUGCUGGAAUUGGAGGGUUUCAGCCGAUGAUUGGUGGACCAAUGGGUGGCGGUGCUGGAAGAGGGUUCGGACCAGUGGGAGAAGGCGGCAGGGAAGCAUUUCGGCCGAAAGCUGGAGGCGAUGAGUUUCCACGGCCGGGUGGCGGAAGCAUUGAUGGGGGAGGUUUUCAACCCAUGGCUGGUCCUAGCAGUUAUGGCAGAGGGUUUCGGCCCAUGGGUGGUCCUGGCGGUGAUGGUGGAGGGUUUCGGCCUAUGGGUGGUCCUGGCUGUGAUGGUGGAGGGUUCCGGCCUAUGAGUGGCAAUGAUGGUGGGAGGUUUGAUUUGGAUGAGUACCACGGGCUGCCGAUCCCUCUUACGGGCCAGAAGCGAGCGUAUCCUUUUUCUGGAAGAGAAAGGUCUCCAGGUAGAGAAGGAACCACUUUUGCCAAACUUUUUGUUGGAUCUGUUCCUAGGACAGCCACUGAAAAUGAUAUUCAACCUCUCUUUGACAAUCAUGGACGUGUUUUGGAAGUUGCUCUGAUCAAGGAUAAGAGGACUGGACUACAACAAGGAUGCUGUUUCGUUAAGUAUGCUACUUCCGAAGAGGCUGAUAGGGCCAUUACGGCUCUGCAUAAUCAAUAUACAUUACCUGGGGCUAUGGGUCCUAUCCAAGUCAGAUAUGCUGAUGGAGAGAGAGAACGGCUUGGCGCAACGGAGUUCAAGUUGUUUGUUGGGUCAUUGAAUAAACAAGCUACUGUGAAGGAAGUUGAAGAAAUUUUCUCACCUUAUGGUAGAGUUGAAGAUGUUUACUUGAUGCGAGAUGAAAUGAAGCAGAGCCGUGGAUGCGGAUUUGUUAAAUUUUCUCAGAGAGAUAUGGCACAGGCAGCCAUUAAUGCGCUUAAUGGAACAUACACCAUGAGAGGUUGUGACCAGCCAUUAACGGUUAGAUUUGCUGAUCCUAAGAGACCUAGACCUGGGGAUUCCAGAAGUGGUUCUUCUUUUGGCGGACCUGCUUCUGGCCCUCGUUUUUCAUCUCCUGCAAUCAGGCCUCCACUGGACCAUGGUGAGCCACUUCGCAGUUCUAUUCCUUCUAAUUGGCCUCCAGUGAGCCCACAAACCCCAGUACUUCCUGCUCAUGUUGGAAACAAGUUUCCUGCUAGACCGGGUGAUAUGGCUGACUCUUCUAUUCCAGGUCCUAAGGGAAAUUUUCCGGGCAAGGCAGAGAGUUCUCUUCCUGGACCUAUAAGACCACCUCUCCAGUCACAGCAGACUUUGCCACCGCCUCCACAAGUACAAACUUCAAGUUCAGGUUCUUUUUCAAGCCUUCAAAGUUUACAGGUAUCGUACAUUCAACCAGGACAAAUGCAGACCCCUCAGCAGUUGCCUGUACAGAACAGUCAAUUCUCUGUUCCCCUGACUCAAGGGCAGCGUAAUGCACCGGCUCCACCCGGACAGAUACAUGUCCAGGUGAACCAACAAUUGCCACCCACCCAGCAGCUCGAGUCUCCAUCACAUUUGGCUCAGAUGCUGUCACAACAGAAGCAUAAUCUGCAAGCCACGUUUCAGUCAUCACAACAAGCCUUCAACCAGCUACAACAACAGGUGCAGCAAUUACAGCCGGCGAAUCAGAAUACAGCUGCUCAUCAGAAACCUUGGUCUGGUACUUUGCCCCAGCCAGUUGCAAACACCUCAGUUUUCCAGCCAGCUGGAAAUGUAACUGCAAUCACACCUGCCAUGGCUACUAAGCAAGACAUCCCUACAGUUAGUUGUAACUGGACAGAGCACACGUCUCCUGAUGGUUUCAAGUACUAUUAUAACAGCCUGACUGGUGAAAGCAAGUGGGAAAAACCUGAAGAGCUGACACUAUAUGAGCAGCAGCAGCAACAGAAGCAACCUAUCCAACAUCCUCAGGUACAGGCUCCUCAGAUGCAAGUACCGCUUCAAGGUCAAUACGGGCAGCUUCAAAACCAGCCCAAGCCAUUACAGCAUGCUACUCAAAGCUUGCAGCACCAGGUUACUGGGUUCUCCGCCGCACUGGGCAGUAAGGAACAUAGGUAUGGUCAAAUACCUGCAGAGACCGGUCAAGUAACCAACCCCACACGAAACCAACAGAGUGUUCAGGCUUCGCAGGAAUGGAUGUGGAAGAACAAAAAUUGA